AUGGUAAAGGAAGGCAACCAAGAUAUUGAAGGAUUAACAGACAAGGUUUUGCCUCGCCGUCUCGGUCCCAAGAGGGCAAGUAAGAUUCGCAACUUGUUCAACCUUUCUAAGGAGGACGAUGUGACGAAGUUUGUCAUCACUCAUGAGAAAGCCCGUGGAGAAGGCCCAAGGAAUAAGACACAACAGCGUAACAAGUCUUACGAGGAAGCUGCUGCAUAUAACAAACUCAUGACCAAGUUUGCACAGGAGGUGAAGGAUCAAAAAGUCGACCGUAGAAGAUCAUCCGCCUCGAGGUCACCCGAAAGUGAUGUGAAGAAGGCUGCCAAGAAGUAA